AUGAAUCGAGCAGUGAAUCGAGUUUUCGUUAUUGGUGUCGGCAUGACAAAAUUUGAAAAACCAGGUCGACGUGAAGAUUUCGAUUAUCCAGAUAUGGCGAAAGAAGCGGUGACAAAGGCUAUCAAAGAUGCUGGCGUGUCAUACAAAGACUUUGAACAAGCUUUUGUUGGUUAUGUCUAUGGUGAUAGUACAUGUGGUCAACGAGCUCUUUAUCCACUUGGAAUGACUGGUAUACCAAUUGUCAACGUGAACAACAAUUGUUCGACUGGUUCAUCUGCUCUGUACUUAGCUUCCAGACAGAUUGCCGGAGGACUCUCCGACUGUGUCUUGGCGCUUGGUUUUGAAAAAAUGCAACGUGGUUCACUUUCGUCACAAUUUUCCGAUCGUACUAAUCCUAUGGAUAGACACAUCGAGAUUAUGUCUGAAAAAUAUGACUUUGGGAGUGGACCAGCUGCUGCUCAACUUUUCGGAAAUGCUGCACGAGAUUAUAUCAAGAAAUAUAAUGUUUCUCCCGAUGUAUUAGCGAAAAUCGCCUGGAAAAACCAUAAACAUUCCGUCAAUAAUCCAUAUUCACAAUUUCGUGAUGAAUAUACCUUGGAAGAAAUCAAAAAGUCACCGAUGGUUCAUGAACCACUAACUAAACUACAAUGCUGUCCAACAUCUGAUGGUAGUGGAGCAGCAGUUCUUGUCAGCGAAAAUUUUCUUCGCAAGCAUCCCGAAACACAAAAAAAUGCUGUUGAAAUCCUUGCCAUCGAAAUGGCAACUGAUUUUUCCUCGACAUUUGAUACAAAUGAUUGCAUGCGAGUGGUUGGUUACGAUAUGAGUAAACAAGCUGCACAGAAAGCCUAUGCCAAAGCUGGAAUUAAGCCAAGUGAUGUGCAAGUAGUUGAACUACACGACUGUUUUUCUGCCAAUGAAUUGAUUACAUACGAAGCUCUUGGUUUAUGUGAAGAAGAUUGGUUUAGGAAAAGCCGUGGUGGUUUGAUUUCUAAAGGUCAUCCACUCGGUGCAACUGGUUUAGCUCAAUGCGCCGAACUCUGCUGGCAACUACGCAAUCAAGCUGAUAAACGACAAGUAAAAGGUGCUCGUAUCGCACUCCAACACAAUCUUGGUUUAGGUGGUGCCUGUGUUGUAGCAAUUUAUCGACUUGCAAAUCUUAACAAGGCACGUGUCGAUUCUAAACUGUGA